GCCUUCCUCUUCCCUUUCCCUUCUCAAAUCUUUUCUUCAUGUUCACGUUUGGACCUAACGUUUAGCUCUUUACCACUGACUUUUCCUGACGUGAAGGGAGAAUGGAUGACUCUGAGCUACCAAGUCAAUUAGAUCUCUGAUCUGUUUUUUUUUUUUUUUUGACUUCGUCAGUCUGCAGAUGACUAGAUUCCUGGCACAGCAGUGGCUGGAAACUACUGAGCAAAUUCCAGGAACCAUGCCGCAUAAAUUAACAAACAGAUCCCUAAGGAAUUGCCAACCGGCAACCUCCUCUGUUCUCCUUUCCCUUCGCUUCAAGCUUUCACGGCCAUCAGUGGUCAUGGAAACACUUCCCACCUCCCCCAGCUCCGCCACCAGCGGCAGCUGCAUCAGCAUCAGCAUCAACGGUGGAGGAACGCCAAAAUCCAUCGAUUCUAGCUCGUCCCCCACCACUUUCGUCCAGGCCGACUGUUCCUCCUUCAAGAAAGUGGUCCAGAUGCUCACCGGCGGUACCUCCUUCGGAGCCGCGCCUCCCACCAACGCGCCACUGCCGCCGCCUCGGAGUAAAGUUCCAGGUACCGGCCCCAAAAGGAAAUCUUUCAAGUUAUACGAACGGCGAGAGAGCCUCAAGAACCUCAAGAUGAAGAACCUCACGAUGACCUUGCACAAGGCGACCGUAUCGCGGCUGCCGCCAAGGAAUCAACCGUCUCCGAGCUCGCUGGACUUUCCUGACAUGUAUCUGAGCCCCAUCACGCCGCUGGUCGCCGACCCCUUCUGCCCUCGUUGGACAUCAGCCGAGCAGGACUGCGACAUCGCCGAGAGAGGGUUCUACUUGCGGCCGUCGCCGAGGGAGGCAGAGCCGCCGAAGCUGCUGCCGCUUUUUCCUCUGACGUCUCCGAAGAUGUCCUCUGCAUGAUCGUUGCAAGUGAACUCAAAGACUCUGUAUGCCAUGCUCUUCGCGGUGUAAAAUUCGAGCUUUAUAUAUAUCUGUUCUGUGUA